AUGUGGCCACCUUUGCAUGAAGUGAAUUCAGCUAGAUCCACUCCAAUAGACAAAGGUGAACAGAUCCAAAGUGUGAAACUACUGGAGAAAAUCCCAAUCGCGGAGAAUAUUGAGGUCGAAAAGGUGAUACAGAGGAAGGAGGUACUAACUAUGGCAGCGGAAGCUCAAAUUUCUAAUAAACCAGCAGAGGAACAGAAGAAGGAGUGGGUGAACCUAUUUGCUGGGAACAAUUUGGCGUCUAGAGGUAUGAGCCUCAAAUUUAUUGCUCCAAUAGUCAAAAAUGGUGAAAAAAUUAUUGAAUUAGACACAAAUGAGAUUGAUCGUGAAACGAUGAAAUGGCAACAUGCAAUUGUGUUGUAUGUUAUGGGUGAAUCCCCUUCAAUUGGUAUGCUGGAUCAAUUUAUUGCCACACAGUGGAACUUCAUCAGUAAACCAAAAAUAUACUUCCAUAAUGAUGGCUAUUUUGUUGUCAAGCUUAAUAGCAUGGAAGAUAAGGAUGCUGUGCUGGCGUCUGGACCAUAUAUGAUAAGGAACAAGCCUAUAAUUGUCAAAGCCUGGUCGCCUAACUUUGAUUUCAGUAAGGAAGUGUUACAGACAAUACCUAUUUGGCUAAAACUGCCAAACUUGCCACUGAAUUGCUGGAGUAUGGACUCACUUAGCAGAAUAGGAAGUGGAUUAGGAAUACCUCUAUAUGCAGAUGAGUGCACCUCUAAAAUUGAGAGGAUUUCCUAUGCAAGGCUGUUAGUUGAAAUGGAUGUUACAAAAGAUAUGCCUACAAUGCUAAAGGUUAUGGAUCCUAAAGGAAAUGUAUUUGAGCAAGCUAUUGACUAUGAUUGGAUUCCUGAGUAUUGUCACACCUGCCUUCAGGUUGUACAUAGUUGCAGGAAUGUUCAAAAAGCUAUAGAAGGAAAACAAAAACAACAGAAACCAAAGAUGGAAUGGAGAAGAAGAAUAGAACCAAGCAGGGUUGGAAAAGAUGAAAGUGUUCCAACUAAAAAUGUAAUACAAGCAAGCAAGAUAAGGGAUACUGAGAAUGAGAAACUUCCAGACUGGGAACUAACUAAAAGGAAAUCUGUAGCUAAAAGUGGUAUAGCAAGCAUCAGGGGUGAUACUUGUGAGGCCCCGUAA